AUGGCAUCCAAAUCUCAGAUGUCCUAUGAACAACGCGCACAGAACCACCCCAAUCCCUUAGCUCGACGUCUUUUCCAAAUUGCAACAGAGAAACAAUCGAACAUUGUAGUUUCAGCAGACCUCACAUCGACGAAGGAACUUCUAAACUUGGCUGACCAACUGGGCCCUUAUAUGGCUGUAUUAAAAACACAUAUCGAUAUUCUUUGCGAUUUCUCCCCGGACACUAUCAUCGGCCUCCAAUCUCUCGCCCAAAAGCACAAUUUCCUCAUUUUUGAGGACCGUAAGUUUGUCGACAUUGGCAACACAGUGCAGAAGCAAUACCAUGGUGGUGCCUUGCAGAUUUCCAAAUGGGCCCAUAUCGUGAAUGCAACUGUCCUACCUGGGCCGGGGAUCAUUGACGCGCUGGCACAGACUGCUACAGCUCCAGAUUUUCCCGAUCCAAAAGACAGAGGGCUCUUGAUUCUAGCUGAGAUGACGUCAAAAGGAUCUCUGGCAAGUGGAAAAUACACAGAACUGUCCGUUGAAUUGGCCCGGAAACAUAAAGGUUUUGUUUUGGGUUUCGUGGCUACCAAAUCUCUGGGUUUCAUCGAAACAGCCGGAAGAGCAGACGAUGAAGAUUUUAUCCUUUUCACCACAGGGGUGAAUCUUGUUUCGAAAGGUGACCCUUUAGGCCAGCAAUACCAAGUUCCUGAAUCGGCUAUCGCAGGUGGUGCUGAUUUUAUAAUUGCUGGCCGUGGUAUAUAUGGUGCUGCAGAUCCGCUUAGGGCUGUUCAGCAGUAUCAGAAAGCUGGAUGGAAUGCAUAUCUUAAUAGGGUCUACCGGAAAUCUUGA